UUUGCACUGUUGCCGAACAGCUUGGAAGGUUACGGCCAAGCCUUCGUCGUGUCUGACGACCAAAAGCUGGACUGGGCGGACAUUCUGACCCUCAUAACUCGACCACUGCAGUCGAGGAACAUCGAUCUCUGGCCAGCUCAACCUCUCACUUUCAGAGACUCUCUCUCUUGCUACUCCAUGGAGCUGAAGAGCGUGGCAGGAACUUUGCUGGAGGUGAUGGCGAAGAAUCUGGGGGUCGCACCGGAGGAGUUCUCUACUCUAUUUCAGGACCAAACGCAGGCAGUGAGGAUCAACUAUUAUCCCCCAUGUCCAAGAGCUGACGAGGUGUUGGGCCUCUCGCCACACACGGACGGCAGCAGCUUGACGUUGCUCCUACAGGUGAACGACGUUGAAGGACUCCAUAUCAGGAAGGGGGGGGAUUGGUACCCCGUGAAGCCACUCCCCGGCGCUCUCAUCGCCAACAUCGGUGAUAUCGUCGAGAUAUUGAGCAACGGCGUGUACAAAAGCGUUGAGCAUCGAGCGAUAAUAAAUGCCAAGAAAGAGCGCUACUCGAUCGCUACUUUCCAUGGGCCAAGAGAAGAUUCAGUGGUUAGUCCUUUUGCAGAGAUCGGAAGGGGUGCAAGCCGAAGUAUAUGUCGAUGA